UAUGAAGCACGCUCUUCAAUCAGGAAUACGACAAGAGGUUGCGAACGAAAUCUGGCCCCAAAGCAGCUGGAAAAGCUAUCCUCCAUUCUUAGCCGCAUCAUACUCCAACAACCCUUUGAUUUAUUUGCCCCUCUUCGACUUUCUUUCUUGGUUUAUCCAUUCUGCUCUCUUAUCACCAAGAUAAUUAAAAAAAAAAAAACAGCAUUCUGGUCUCUGUCUCAACUCUUUUGGCUCUCUUUAGUAGAGAUCCAUGGCUGAAUUUCUUACUUUUGCUACCGAGGAAUUGCUGAUGAGAGUGGCUUCACUUGCCGCUCAAGAGUUCACUCUUGUAUGGGGAUUUGAAGAAGAGUUGACAAAGCUGCGUGUUUCUCUAAACAUGCUUGAAGCAGUGCUACGAGAUGCCGAACAUCCACGACAAGAUCACGGCCAGGCUCUGAAGCUGUGGUUGGAGAAGCUUGAACAAGUAGCUCAUCUUGCCGAUCAUGUCUUGGAUGACUACGGGUAUGAGCUUCUUCGGCGUAAGGUGGAACUGCGGAACCAAAUGAAGAGAAAGGUGCUAAACUGCUUCUCUCCAUCCAAUCCCAUUGUUUUUCGUGUUAAAAUGGCACAUAAGAUUAAGAAGAUCAACACUUCUCUAGAUGAGCUGAGAAAAGAUGCGAGUACUAUUGGGUUAGUUGCCAAGUCUUCAUCAGAGUCAACACUCUCCCAUGAAAGAAGAAUUGGUAGGGAAACCUACUCUGAUUUCAAAAAAGAUGAAAGCAAUAUCAUUGGAAGGAAGAAGGUUGUGGAAGAUAUGGUGAAAGCCCUCACCAACUCAAACAACAAUCAGAGAAAUGAUCUUUCAGUUCUGGCCAUUGUGGGAAUGGGAGGACUUGGGAAGACCACUGUGGCUAAAUCUGUAUAUCAUGAACAACAACACUUCCAAGAAAAGAUGUGGGUUUGUGUGUCAACCCCUUUUGAAGUCAACUCAAUUUUGAGGGGGAUAUUGGAGUCUCUUAAACCUGAACAUGCUGCAGUACAAGCUAUAGAUGCAAUUUGUAGAAUCCUCAAAACAGAGUUGAAAGAGAAGAGGUACUUUCUUGUGCUCGAUGAUGUUUGGAACGAAGAUAAACAAAGUUGGGAAGACCUGAUCGGUUGUUUGGAAAAAGUGAGUGGUACACUAGGAAGCAGUAUCCUUGUCACUACUCGUAGGGAGACGGUUGCAAAAAUAGUGGAGACUCUUCCUAGGCAUAAUUUAGACAAACUAUCAGAUGAUGAAUGCUGGCUAAUUUUGAAGGAGAGAGCAUUACCAGUUGGGAGUGCUCCUUUAAUUGAGGAUCAAGAGAAAAUUGGAAGAGAGAUUGCUAAAAAAUGUGGCGGUGUACCACUAGUAGCAAAGGUGUUGGGAAAUAUGAUGAGAUCCAAAAAUUGUGAUGGAUGGAGAUCAAUUGCGGAAAAUGUUAUGUGGGAGUUAUUGGAUGAAGAAAAUAGAAUAUUUGCCAUUUUGAAAUUGAGCUUUGACGAACUAGGGUCUCCAGCAUUGAAGCAAUGUUUUGCAUAUUGCUCACUGUUCGUCAAAGAUUUUAAAUUCGAAAAGGAUGACUUGAUCCAACAUUGGAUGGCUCAAGGAUGGCUUCAUCCUUCUCCCAACAAAAAAGAUCGAGAGAUGGAGGAUACCGGUAAUGAAUAUUUUAAUAUUCUAUUAGAAAACUCCUUUUUUCAAGACAAGGAAACAGAUUUUAUUAGUAACAUAAUCACAUGCAAGAUGCAUGAUCUUGUCCAUGAUCUUGCUAUACAUGUUUCAAAGUCGAAUUACUAGCGCUCCUUAUUUUUCAAUGGAUCAGUCCUUGAAAGCAACUCACCUGGAUUCAAAGGUCUACAUGUUUUAAAUUUAUACAAGGCAGACAUUCAAGAGUUGCCGUAUUCCAUUGGAAAGUUGAAACACUUGAGGUAUUUGAAUGUUAUGAAAACAAGAUUGAGAGUUUUUCCAAAAUCCUUGGGACAGCUUUACCACCUCCAGACACUGAAAAUGCCUGAUAACCUUAUAGAGUUUCCCAUGGAAAUUGCAAAUUUGAUCAACUUGAGACAUGUUUAUUUUGGUGCAAGGGCCAAAGUUCCGGCUGGAGUAUUGGAAAGAUUGAAUAGUCUCCGAUCAUUACCUUUUGUGAAGAUUGGCAAGGAGACAGGUCCUCAGAUCACGGAAUUAAGGGACUUAAACCAUUUGAGGGGCACAUUAUCUAUACGUAAUCUAGAACAUGUGAGAGAUGGAGAAGAAGCAGUGAAAGCAAAUUUAGUGGAGAAAGAAUUUGUACGCAAGGUAGUGCUCAAAUGGGAGGAUAGCCGGCCUAGCAACAGUGCUGACAGUGACCAAGUCGUACUUGAAGCCCUGCGACCACAUUCUGAUCUUGAAAUUUUGGAGAUUCAUGCCUUCAGGGGUGUUAAACUUCCAUCAUGGGUAUCGCAAUCCAACAACUUGAAAGAGAUUGAAUUAGUGGGAUGCAUCAAAUGUGAACAAGUUCCACUACUUGGCCGUUUGCCCAAUCUUGUACGUGUGAAGAUGGUGGGUAUGGAGAAGCUCAGGUGUUUGGGAUAUGAGUUUUAUGGUUAUGAUAACCUUUCUGAUGGUAGGAAGGUUUUGUUUCCAGCAUUGAAAACACUAUCAAUUUGGCAGGCUACAAACCUUACGGAAUGGAAGGAAGUGCCAACGGAAAGAGUGACGGUGUUUCCUUGCCUUGAGGAGUUGACCCUGUGGAAUUGCGAUCAACUGCAAAGUGCUCCCGGUCAUUUUCCUUCUCUAAAAAGGUUGGAGAUUGAUGGCAUGAACAGCGGAGGCAUUCCAUUAGCAAGUAUUCUGAGCAGUAGUCUGACCACUCUCACUUCUCUAUGGGUAUGGAAUGUGAGGGGACUUGCUUGUCUGCCGGAAAGCUUGUUAGAAAACAAUCAGAAUCUUGAGUAUUUGAGGAUAUCCAGUUGUCCGGAGUUAACUGGUAUUGUUACUCCCCAAUCACGCUGCAGCGCAUCUCUUCGGUUCCUGGAAAUUAGUGGGUGUCCUAAGCUGAGGUGUAUACCUGAUAAUGGGCUAUUACAUCCACUCUCUCUCAAGAAUUUGGACAUAUAUCAUUGCUCCAGUCUAGAGUCCAUUCCAAUCCCUGAGCAAGGUGGCCUCCCAUCUCUCGAAAAAUUGGCGAUCGGCGCAUGUCCGGAGUUAUGCCGUCUACCUGAUGGGAUACAGAAGUGCACAUCUCUUCAACAAUUGCGAAUACAGAGCUGCCCGAAGAUAAAGUCCAUUCCAAUUUCAUCAGGCGGCCUCCCAUCCCUUGCUCACCUGCUGCUUUCGGAGUGUGCUGGAUUAUCAAGCUUGCCGAGUGGGCUAGGCGGCUGCACCUCUCUUGAGGAUUUGUCCGUAACAGAGUGCCCUAAGGUGACUUCCGUUCCAUUUGACAGUCUCAAUACAACUCUCCGAUACUUGAGGGUAGAUAAUUUGGAGUAUCUUCCUAAUCUACUCUGUCGCUUCACAUCCCUCCGUCAAUUGGGAAUCAUCAAAUGUCAAAGUACAGGAAUUGAUCUUCAAAUCCCCGUCUCUCUUGAGGAGUUGAAGAUACGAGAUUGUCCUAAUCUAGAGACUGUUCCAAGUUUAGACAAGCUCACAUCCCUACGUACACUGCAAAUCCGCAAUUGUUCCCGAUUAACAUGUCUUCCCAGUGGGUUUGCAUUCACCCGUCUCAAGGAAUUGAAAAUUGGUCCGUUCUGCCAUGAGCUGGAUUCAUUCCCUACUCUCCAGGUUCUACCACAACUUGAAUCAUUAUUGAUCUACGGGUGGCCUAAGCUCAAGUCUCUGCCUGAACAAAUUCAACACUUGACGUCUUUGACCUUUUUGUGGAUAUUUGACUUUGAGGGAGUGGAGGCUAUACCAGAAUGGUUCGGAAACCUUGCAUCUCUUGAAAACCUAUAUAUCGAACGCUGCGAGAGUCUGAAGUAUCUACCAUCCGUCCAAGCUAUGCACAGCCUCACCAAAUUAGAGGAGCUAACUAUCGUGGAGUGUUCCCUUCUAAAAGAAAGAUGCAGAGAGGAGAGCGGCCCAGAGUGGCCUAAGAUCUCUCAUAUUCCACGCAUUCAAUUUAUUGAGGCAGGGGUUUGCUUGUUUGUGACACAUGAAGAAUAAGAGCUGUUUGCUGGUAUGAAUCAAGUUGAAAUUGCUCCAUGUCUUGCAGUAAUGUGCAACUGUGUAAGUUAUACGACACCUUCUAGUCUCUUAUGAUGUUUCCACGUAGCCUCUUACAACCUACAUUAUAUCCGCAGGAGCAUCUAAAGCUCAAUAUCAUCUCUCUAUUGGCAUUGCAGGAUUGUAUUUGUACAGUAAUACAUGAAUACUAUUUACGUAAACAGUAAUUUAGUAAAAAUCAGAAAUUGAUGAACAGUAAAACAGUAAAAGAUUCUAGUUUGGAAUCGUGGAAAUUACGCUCAGGAGUAUAAGGUGAGUAAAAUGUCACAAUGACGAAUCUACCAUUGCGGAGAUUCAGGAACACGCUAAAUUUAAAGAAUGAACUAUGAUAUGUAUAUGAUAUAGUAGAUUGUGUAUGUGUAUAAAUGGUAAAAUAUGUACAUAUAUAUGGUUUGUUAUAUUAUAUACUGUCGUAAUUUCCGUUGCGAAUAAGUUCAUUUUAGGGUUGAUGUUUAUUUAUUGAGCAUGUUGAUUUAUUUGUACAAUAUCAUGUGAUGAUUAUUUGUACGUGGUUUUAACGUGAGUGAUGUUAAAACAUUUUUGUGGUCUGUGGACCUAUCUUCGGACGUGUUGGCAUGUCGAAACCUAGCCUUGGCCGGGCGACAGUUACGAUUCAGUUAGAGCUCUAGUAUGUCUGUCGGGUACUAACAUGAGGGGUAACAGUGGCGUACCAACGCUUAUGAGUACCUAUAUUUUUGGAUAUUGGGUAGCAAGUGGUUGCCCAAUGCCGGGCGGCGUACUAACAUGAGGGGUAACAGAGGUGUACUAGCGCUCAUGAGUACCCGUAUUAUAAAUGCAUUUGGGUAAACAGAGGGGUUGCCCGAUUUCUCAUGAGCAUAUAUAUUUUCUGUCAAUAUUGGACAACCAGAUGGGUCGUCCAAUGACUCAUGAGUGCAUUUAUGAUUGAUGCUUUGUGGAUUUGCGUAUAUAUAUAUAUAUAUUUUUUUAUAUGCGAGUUAUAUUGUUGUUUUACUCAUACGAGCUACAAAACUUACCGGGUUUGUGUUUACAAUCCCGGUGCACCUAUUCGAUGGUGUAU